AUGGAGAGCUCAGAGAGUUCAGAGAGCACGAAGAGUACGAAGAGCACGGAGAGCAGAGAGGAGUCUAUCGGCCUGGAUGGCUUUAAGAAACUUUCCCGUGCGCUGUCAGUCUCAUCAUGGGCAACAAAAGUUCGUCAAGAGCUUUCAAGCGACAGUUCAGAUCCCUGCGACCGUAUCAAUUCCCCGAAAUCACCCCCAUCGGUUUACACAGAAGAUGAUGAAUCCAUACCCGAUGAAGACGAGAUACUGGGGGACUUGAUUUACGGUCUCUUUAGUGCUGUAUUGGAUAGGUACCCUACCUAUACCAUCCCCGAGUUGAGACAACACCUUGAAAAGAUCUUCACGGACGUGGCAUCUCAUGUCGAAAACGAAUUGCCAUCAAAACUAGGAUUGUCGAAGAAACUCGACGUAGAAUAUAAAUUAGUGGGAAGAUAUCCGUAUUCGGUGACAACGGAAACGGGAGCUAGUGUUUCUCCAUGCAUCUCAUUCACGGUCCCCAACGAUUAUCGAGAUUGGAAGCAUCUGGUUCUCAACAAGAAACGGAGGAAGCGCAAGGAGGUUGCGGAUCAUAUCUGUACAACUGCCUGGGAGAUUGUUCGAGACUAUCAAAAGACCAAACGCCGUAAAGGAGUCUCAUGGACGGAUAUCCUCGUCAUAGAAUUGAAUUUCGAAGCCAUAGACGACAAACACAAAGCGUUCCGGUACAACACCGUUACGGAUAUGGUAUUCUUAUUGACGGGCGAUAGGGAGAAUUGCGUCCUACACGAUACUCUGGUUCCAGAGGAAUCCAAGGCAAUCGGCUUCGCUACUCUCGAUUAG